AUGCCGACGCCGGGCGAGCGAUUCCAGGCCUGGUUCUGCGCCAACCCGCUGCAGAACCUGCCCAUCGUGCUGCUGUUCGGCGCGGGGGUGCUGUGCAUCGUAGGCGCUGCGUUUGGGUGGCAUGUGCUAGUGGCACUCCUGGGGUUCGCGGCCAUGGCGUUCGGCGGCUAUCAGAUCUGGACGCUGCGCAACCUGAAGGCGGAGGUGGACAGGUUUUCGGCGGAGAACGCCAGGCUGGAGGAGACGGAGGAGAACCUGAAGAAUCAAGUGACCUUUCUCGAGACCAAGAAGGAGCAACUUGGGCAGCAGGCGGACAAGUUGGAGAGCACUGUGGAUGAGCUCAAGGAAGCUGGGGACAACCUGGCGAGCGAACUGGAGGGCUUUGAGAAACUCAAAGAAAACUGGGAGAAAUGGGCUGGUGAGACAGGAAAGGACAUCUCCAAGGUGUUGGAGAAUGCCAACAAGAUCUACGAGAAGAUGCAGGCCAACACUGUGAACAACGAGAAGGCACUCUUGAGCAAGAUUGCCCAGGAUAUGGAGUUCGUGGACAAGGAUGUUGGCCUGUCAGAGGAGGAGUUCAACAAAUGGCUGGCCCGGAUCCCCAAGAAGCAGAGGGACCGGUACCUGGCCUCGGGACGCACUUUCCAGAGCAUCGCUGGAGCGGAUGGAAAGAUCGACUUCAUGGAGAUCGAUGACCUCAUCACCAAGCUCAUGGAAGAGAACACCCAGAAAUUGAGACAGAUCAAAGUCCAGAAAUGA